UAGGAUGCAGAGGCAAGCAGGCAAGAGGCAAUAUGGCUGCUCGCGGGGCAGAAGUAGUGUGGAUCUAUGCUUACAUUAAACACUUUAUUACACCAAUUUCUGUGUUUAGUAUCUUAAAUUUGUGAUUUUUUUCUCAAUUUUCCUGGCUUGUAUUACUCCAGGGCGUCUCUAAAAAUACCAUUUAUAUUGUAACUACCAGCAAGUGUUGAAAUGGAUCCCGAGCGUAAGACCGUCCGCGUAAAAGAGACCACCUACUUCAAGCGACAGUGAAAAACGCCAAAACUGCCAACAAAAUAGUUUUAUAAUAGUGAUUGUACACGCGUGUUGUGAGUUGUUAGUAAAGAAAUUUCGCCCCUCGAGUGAGUAACGUAAACAAAUUUUGUCAUCCAACAAAAAUUUCUGUCAGAACCAUAGUAGAGAAAAUUUGCCACACCAGUGAGUAACGUAAAAGAAUUUAACAGAUCAGUGAGUAACGUAAACGAUUUUAUUUUGUCAACCAGAGAAAUAAAUAUCUGUGAGAAUCGUAACGAAAUUUUGCCACCCAAGUUAAUUUUGAAAUAAUAUUUUCACCCCUUUGAGUAAAGUGAUAAAAAUUUUUGAAAGUCGACUCGGUAAUGGCGGCAGAAACCAACAUGGCUGCCAAUGCGUCUGAUCAUUUGGCUCAAUACUCAUCGGUCAGAGAGUUUUUCCACAAUAGGUCGGUGUUUGUUACCGGGGGCACGGGCUUCAUGGGAAAGGUGUUGGUUGAGAAGCUGCUAAGGUCGUGUCCCGGAAUCAAGAACAUCUACCUGCUGAUGAGACCCAAGCGGGGACAGAACAUCAGUCUAAGGCUCGAUGAACUCAUCAAUGCCCCGCUCUUUGAUAAACUAAGAAAAGAACGGCAUUCUGAUCUAAGCAAGAUCGUUCCUAUUUUGGGGGACAUCACCGAACCUGAGCUGGGAAUCAGCGUCCAGGACCAAAUCCUUCUGGAAAAAACAGUCUCCGUAGUCUUCCAUUCAGCAGCUACAGUCAAAUUCGACGAGGCUCUGAAACUUUCUGUUACCAUCAACAUGCUAGGCACAAAAAGACUUAUCGAACUUUGCCAUAAAAUGGCGAAUUUGGAAGCUUUGAUCCAUGUUUCAACAGCUUACUGCAACUGUGACAGAGAUGAAGUGAAUGAAGAGAUCUAUCCCCCUCCCUAUGAACCCGAACAAAUUAUCCAAUGUGUGCAAUGGAUGGAUGAGUCGCUAAUUCAAGUUAUUACCCCAAAACUUAUCGGAAACCGUCCAAACACUUAUACAUUCACAAAAGCAUUAGCGGAAGAUAUGUUAUUAAAGGAGGCUCAUGAUCUUCCGGUAGCCAUAGUUCGUCCAUCAAUAGUGUUAUCUUCGAUGAAGGAGCCGAUCAGUGGGUGGGUGGACAACUGGAACGGGCCGACGGGCAUAAUCGCGGCGGCCGGGAAGGGCUUCUUCCGGACGAUGCUCUGUCACGAGGACAAGGUGGCUGAUCUGGUGCCUGUCGAUGUCGUCAUCAACCUCAUGAUUUGUGCCGCCUGGCGCACUGCCGACCCUCGGUCAUCACCCACUGACAAAAGGUCUCGAUCAAUUACUGUCUACAACUGUUGUACGGGUCAGCAGAAGCCCAUAACGUGGAAAAACUUUGUAAACCAUAGUUUCUCCGCUAUGAGAAAACAUCCUCUCGGUGACUUGAUGUGGUAUCCGGAUGGAAGCUGUCGGUCUAACUGGGUCAUCAACAAUAUUUCAGCCUUCGCAUUUCAUGUGCUUCCAGCUCACAUUAUUGAUAUUGUUAGUCGCAUAGCGGGUAAAAAACCAAUAAUGGUUCGAAUGCAAAGCAAACUAGACAAGGCAGCUAAGUGCUUGGAAUACUUCUCGACUCGUCAGUGGCGGUUUCUCGAUAACAAUGUCCAAGCUCUAAAUCUUAGUCUGAGCGUAGCUGAUAGGAAAGAAUUUCCAUUCGAUGUAUCGAGAAUUGAUUGGCCGCAAUACAUUGAAUCGUACGUGCUGGGAAUCAGGCAUUUCAUCUUCAAGGAACAUCCAAGUUCUCUACCAGAAGCACGAAAACAACUCAAUAAAAUGCUGUUGCUACACAGAGGAAGUCAACUGCUGCUUGUGAUUCUGGCCUGGCGUCUACUGAUGAGCCGGUCUGCUUUUGCGCGUAAACUCUGGUACCAUUUCCUCGACUUUGUUCUGCGCAUAGCACGCGUUAUUCCUCACAUUUGAACUACCAAAUCUGUGCAAAGAGACCAGUCAUAAUCGCGUUAGAUCUAGAUAAUAAUAAUUAUAUAUUUAUUUUUUAUCAACAUAAUUUAUUGUUCUAUUAUUUAUUGUGUUACAUUGAUUUUUAUUCUACAAUUUUUUUCUCAUUCUGUCUAAUUUUGUUAUUUUAUGUUGUUUUGAUGGUUUGUAAUCAAUGAAUCCCCUAUAGAUCAUACUAGGAACAAUUAAGGGUGAAUGUUUAGCUUUAAAUUUCUAAUUUAUUGUAACUAAACAGAAACAGUUUAUAAUUUUUCAAUUCCAAAAAUUUUUGAACAAAAUAUUGCUGCUUUAUCAAAGAUUAUUUUUACCGCAUGUUUCUGUUUUUAAGAUAGGUGUUAGUGUAGACAAUUUUCAGCGCAUUUAUUUUCUUUUAUUUGAACGUUUUGAUGUUAUAAAUUGAUAUAAACAAAAUGUAGCGCGUAUAAUCGUGCAAAAAUCUUACCGUACUUAUAACACCACUAAUUGUUGAUGGAUUCUCAGGAAUCGUUUAUUAGCUCUUUCUGUCUUAGUCUUACGCUAUAUAUCUUCCAUUUUGUCACUAGAGAAGCAAUUCAAACAAACGUUUAACUUGAAUGAUAUCGGAGAAUGCCGAGUUUCAACACCAACAAGUGUUACAUAUACGUGAAACUCAAUGUAUGAUAUUAUUAUAUAAUGAGAUAAUAUUUAUUAAAAUUGUGAAUAGUUAUGGUAGCUAACCAUGAAUGAAUUGCAUCCAAUGUUUUCAUUUUAAGUUUAGGUGUUUUAACUUUUUGUCAUAUUAUAUCAAUGAAAUUGUAUAAUAUGAAAAAAGUGAUCGAAUUUCUCAAAUUCAUCCAAUUAAUUAAAAAAUUAAUCUAGAAUGAAUUGGAAGUUAUGGGACGUGUAUAUAUAUAUAUAUAUAUAUAUAUAUAUAUAUAUAUAUAUAUAUAUAUAUAUAAUGUGCCCAACAGUUUCCUUCUCUAGUGCAAGUCUUUGCUCGAUUCACGAAGGAUUAUAAUAAUGUAGAAUGCUAGUAGUAAACGAGUUAUAAUUAUUAAUAUAUUAUCUAUUAAUUUCUGAUAAGAAAUUGAAAGUUUAGAAAUGUUCUUAAUAAUUUAUCGAAUAUUUCUUGUUCAAAGAUAAUCUUCAAUUUGUCAAGUACUUAUUAAAUGGAGCAAAAGCUGCGAAUAAGUUAAACAGUCGAAAAUAUCGAGCGUUUGGUCCAACAUCGAUCAUCCAAACAUGCUUAGCUACUGUUGCUAGAAUAAAUUAAUAACUGUCUUUAGAAUGGUAGAACUUAACAAAUUGCAAGAGAUUAACUGCUGGUCGGUUCUCAUGUACUGUAUAGUAGCCUAGUAGUUUAAAUAAAAUAAAUUAAUUUGUAAACCAUUACUGCCUGUUUUUUGAUACAUAUUACUCAUAGGUUGCAUUGUAAAAAUGUGAAUGGUUAAUUGUUCACUUUUUGUGCUAUCAGUGAUAUGAUGUCAGCCGUUCGUAUGUGAAUUAGUAUUAUGUUAUGAUGUUGACAUGUAUGACAAUCAUAUUGCUGAUGUAUGUUCAAUUAACAUGCUUGUGCAAUGAUUAUUUUAUACUUCCUGUGACUUAAUUGUAUGACUUAUUCUUUCGGUGAUUAGCUACCAAAAAAUUAAAAAAGUCAUAAGCUUAAUUUAAACUUAGUUUUACAAUCAUUAAAAUAGUGGUUUACUGUUCUAUAAUAUUGAAAAUUUAAUUUUAAUAUCCUCAUAAGCACCCCGUGUCUUUUGAAUAUCAACGAAAACCAUUUUAAAGCUCUAUUGAAGCUUACUCAGUAGUUUACACCACUAAUACAUUUGAAUAGUAGAAUUUUAAAACAAGAAAUUAUAACUAUUUCUCUAUUAUUUAUUAGCGAGGGAAUCCAAUAUUCAAUUUCCGGUGGAAGAUCAUUAAUUGCAAGCUGUAUGUAUUCUGUUAAUAAAGGACAUAUUAUUGUAUAUUGCGAUUUAUAGUAAAAAUUGAAAUAUCUUCAAGAUUUCAUAAAGUCUGUCUCAUCUGAUGCUUGUUAAUAUCUCCAUGAAAGUUAUUAUAACACAUUAUAAUAUGUACAUAUGAACACGCACCAUAUGGACAUAUUAUUAUGUAAAAUAUGUACUUUCCAUUAUGUACAACAAUAUAGGAUUUUCAAUUAAUGUUUCAAACAAAAUGUUCAAACCAAGCUCAUUUUAAUUAUGAGAAAUUUUAUUAGAAAUUCGAUCUUCCUUGUAUAAGAAAAUUAAUAAAGGGCAUAUUAUUGUAUAAUGCGAUUUAUAGUAAAAAUUUUAAUAUCUUCUAGAUUUCAUGAAGUCUGUCUCAUCUGAUGCUUGUUAUUAUCUGCAUGAAAGUUAUUAUUACGCAUCUUGAAAACCAUUACAAUAUGUACAUAUGAACACGCACCAUAUGGACAUAUUGUUAUGUAGAAUAUGUACUUUCCAUUAUGUACAACAAUAUUGGAUUUUCAAUUAAUAAUUCACACAAAAUUUUCAAACCCAGCUCAUUUCAAUGAUGCAAGAAUAUUUUUUAUAGGAAUGUCGAUCUUCCUAGUAUAAGAAAUUUCUUGGGAAGAAACAGGAAAUCUCGUCUUUUUUAUCUAUUAAUCAGUUCUAGAAUCUAGAUGUGAAACUUCAUUUCUAUUUCUCAGUAAUAAAAGCUAGUAUUUAUUUUUAAAACGGUUAAUCUAGUUGUAGGCAUUUACCAGUUAUCAUGCUAGGGGUUUACACUGUUGCUCAUCGUUCAUCCAUUCAUUCAUUCAUCGUUUCUCAUUUGUUGGAAUGUUGCACAUUUGAAUUUCGAUUUUUGGAUUGAGAUAGUAAUUUUGUGAAGUGUGCUCUCCCAUUUUGAACAGAUGAUAGUGUAAGGUGGUAGUGCCUAUUGUGUUUCAAAUUGACCUUUGUAAAUCAUAUUCCAGAAUUAUGUCAAUUCUUAGUAAACAGCAUAUUCUUUUAACUGUAUUCAGAAAAUCAAUUUAUAGAAUAUUGUAAUAUGAUGGAACCUUGGUGCAGUAUUAGUACAAAAGUCUUUUGACUGUAGAAAAAUUGUCCAAUUAGAAAGUCCGUUUUAUUUUGUACUCUAUAGUGAAGAGACUAGCAAAAUAUUCCAAUUGACAAAAAAAUAGAAUUUGUACAAAGGUUCCAUCAAUCCAUUCUUUAAGAAAAUAUCCGCUAAAUCAAAUUUAGGUGGAUGAAAGAUUUUUGGUGAAGAGUGUUCUAAGGUAAAUAGCAGCAAAGAAAUCUUGGGUUUGUGAUAUUUGAAACAUUUUUCACGUUUGGUGGAAUGUUUUGUACUUUUUAUCUCUCAAGAUUUUAUUGCUUCUGCUUCAAAUAUACAUUGGAAUUAACAUAUAACUGAAGAAUAUUGUUUCAUUGUGAAAAUUAAACUAAUUUACUGCUGCAAAGGCUCAAAAUUUAAAACAUGUUCCAUAAGGAAGUUACACAUGGUUAUGAAACAAGUUAAAUGAUUAGAAUGUGAUAGCAUUGUAUUGAAUAGCUUAAUAAAUCGCCUAAUUAAUUUGCAGUCAACUUCAAUUAUAUAAUGGUGUAUUAUUGAACCGCAAACUAGCAAAUAUGUGACUUCAUUACAUAAUAAUUGAGCUUGUUA